CUGAGCAUAUGGCGUUUCCCGAACGUGGUCGUUUAUAAACCGGGAUGGGAGCCAAUUAUCCAGACACAUUGCACUGGAGAUGGCUUCGGUUUGGAGACUAGCAUUUACUUUUGUCGCCGUGGGUUUGGGCUUCUGCCACGGCAAGUUAUGCUUUCCCGACUGCGCGGAAAUGAGAGAAGGUGACAAGGUCCCUGAUCCUACUAACUGCUUCCGCUAUUACUACUGCAGCGACCCUGAAGGCACAGGCGAUCUGAUCCACUCCUCUGAGCCCUUGGACUGUCCCGAGGGUUAUUAUUUCAACGCUGAGCUCCACAUUUUGGAGUGUGAACCAAUCGUCCCAGAGAACAUGCACUGCACCGCCCUAUGCAACCCGUGUGAGGUGAAGUGUACAACGCCAGGUACGCUCAUCCCGAACGUGAAUGACUGCGGGAUGUACAAGAUCUGCCUGGACAACGGCAACUCAUUAGACGAUGUUUGUCCCAGUAAUCUGCCUUACUUCGACUACGAGACGGGCCUCUGUUCUCAAGACUCGAGUGCCUGCUACAACCUCUGUGACCCCUGCGAUCUGUACUGCACGCAUGAAGGCAAGGUCCCUGACCCUGUCGACUGCACCAUGUAUUACUACUGCGACCCCCCUCUGCUCUCUCACUUCGAGUGUCCGAAUGAUGAGACAUUCAACCCGGACACACUGGUUUGCGAGCAGAGUCUCACGGGCAAUUGUACCAACCUGUGUUAAAAAGAUAUUCCGGUC